AUGGGUGAAUCUUUGCUGAAAGAAGAUCCUCUAUCGAGGAUACAAAGGGAGAUAAUAGAAGUUACAGAAAGAGAGCGUGAGUUUAAAGAAGGGCAUUUUAGGAUGAAUAGGCUACUGUCCGAAUCUACAAUAGAUGUAGCUAAACAGAAUGGUCAUGUGAAUGGAGACUUAACAGAAAAGCCUCAUAAGACCCUCAACAGAGCCGUUUCAACAUCUCAUUUGCUAGGGCCUAUAGCACCGUCUCCACCUCCAACGCAAACUGUCUUAAACACAAAUGGAUACACACGCCGGUUUACACCACAAACGGGAACCAAGGGUAUCAUGCAGAGAUUUAUUGCUAGUAAAGGAAAGAUAUCUGUAACAUCUCCAGUCUCGCCGACAGCGCCGGUGACUUUUGGACAACCCUUAAUAUCUCCAGGGGCAAUCAUGCCCGUUGCAGUGGCUCCAAAUGCUAUUACACGCACUCCUGAAGGGAAGCCCAUCCGGAAGGGAUAUGUACCUGUCGAAGAAAAAAUUCAAAAGGAACUUCGAGAAAUGAAAGAUAGAGAACACGAGCUUAAGAAGAUGAGAAAAAAACAAAAGCCUUUUGAUAUCGAUCUUACUGAUAAUGAAAUCAGUUCUGAAUCGGACGAAGAAGACAUUCCCUUGCCAGGAAAAUUAAAAGCUACUAAGUCAAUAGGGGAGCUGUAUGAAGCCUUGAAUGAUGAGUUGCGGUCACCAUCGCCGAGAUUUAGCUCGGGGAAUGAUUCUCUAGGCAGUCUGAAGCCUGCGAAAUCCCUGGCGGAGCUGUGUGAGCUAGCACCCGGUCAGGAAUUCCUCGCGCCAAGUUCAACCCGUCUCAUAGCGCAGUGGGAAUCAAUGAUACAACAGAAACAAGAAGCCGGUGCUGCUUAA